GGGCAGACCUUGUCAUCAGUGAGGUCAUGUGGUGGGACCAUGGUGUGUACUACUGCACUGUGGAAGCACCAGGAGAUACCUCAGGUGAUGCGGACAAAGAAGUGAAGCUGAUUGUUCUCCACUGGCUCACUGUACUCCUCAUCGUUCUUGGUGGCCUCCUCCUCCUUCUGUUGAUUGGAGUAUGCUGGUGCCAGUGCUGCCCCCAGUAUUGCUGCUGCCACAUCCCAUGUGUCUGCUGCCCAACCCGGUGCUGCUGUAACGAGAAAGUACUGGAACGGCAUCGGUUCAUGAAGCAGGCUCAGGCACUUGCACCUUGGAUGUCACCCAACAUGUUCUACAGGGGUGGCGACAGGAACUCGCAACUCUCCUCUUACCAGCUGAACCCUCUACUGCAACAAGACGUGUCUCUGCAGAACAGUCUUCCGCUGGUGCAGCCACAAGCUCAGCUUUUCCCUAACAAGGGUGUUUUGGACUAUCUGGAGUCUGAAAUACAAAACCUUAACAUGUCACAGCUCCGGCCAUCCUCCCACCAGCGGCAGGCUGCACAGCCCACCUUGCUGUCCUCCCUGGGCUCCGAGAUCAUGCCACCUCCUCUCACUGAUCAUGUCUCCUCCAUCCAUGGGAGCAGCAACUCCUCACAGCCACAGAGAGUGGCCCGCACCCCAAGAUCCUGGGACUCUGCAGCAGAGGACAGGAGGGAAAACCGGAGGUGGCCCUUGCCUUCCAGUGGGGAUUCUCAUUCCAGCUACAGUCGGGAGCCCUGGGACAGGCAGCGAGAGGACCAUCCUCAGAGGCAGAGGACAGGCGGCUACAGUGGCAGGCCCCAGCACUCCAGACGGGAUGUGUCACCACCACGCCAGGCUGAGAGGGGCAAGAGCAGCAGCAGCAGCUGCAGUUUCUAUCUGGAGGAGGCUAAGGAGCGCUCCAGCCAUGGCUGGAGACAGGAGCCUGCAGGGAGGCAAGACUACCAGCACCACACCAGGAGGAGCAAUAAUUCAGGUCAGCGGCGGCACAGCUACUCUCCCCCUUCUCGCCGGGGGUCGUGGGGCUCCUCAGAAGAGCAAGUCCGUCUCCCAGCAACAAACCACAGGCGGCGGCACCGGUCUCGGGAAUGGCCAGAAGAUAAACCCCCCAGUUAUUGCUCCUUAGAAGCCAUCCCAGGUCGGGACAAGAAGCACAAAGGCAGUGCAGGGCCACGCUCAGACAAAGGAAGUUCCCACAGUGGAAGAAGCAUAGUCAUUUAA